CCCCUUAACCCAUAUCCAAAUGAGCCUGCAAGAAAACUCAGAGUUAAAAUAGAACAAAAGUUCCAAACUGAAUCUAUAAAAGACAAAAAAUACAUCACCAUGUUUUGUUUUGUUUUUUUACACCAAAGGAGCUCAAAUGGACGCCUGUGUGAGUUGCCCACCCUUUCCUUUGUGUACUUGAGCUGCUGGUAUGAUCAUUCAGUGGGGCCUUGUUUUAAUCAGAUUAGGGGAUUAGAAUUGUUUAUGCUGAUUACUUUAUAACCCAGAUUGAGAGAGAGGAGAGGGAUUCUUCAGCAGGAUUUCGGGGGUGAAGGACUGCUCCCUGUAAGCGUUCAAAAUGCCGGUCAUAAAUGUGGAGGAUCUGACAGAUAAGGACAAGGCUGUGAUGGAAGUAAACCAGCUUAAACUUGAAGUCAAACUCGAGAGGUGGUUGACAUCUAAAUGCUGUGAGGAAAUCAAGGAAUAUAUUCAGGCUCUAGUGGAGGAGGACACCCUCGUCAAAGGCAUAUCAGAGGAGAAGAACCCCUUCAAGGAGAAAGGUGGCUGUGUCAUCUGCUAGACUGGACCUAAGGAGCUUUUCAUAUCUCAGAUUAGUACCCAAGGACGUUCACCCAGCCCUCGUAAAAUGGAUUUGCAGACUGAGAAGACUAGAAGGACACAAUAAAGAAAACAUUUAUGACUUCCCGUGUAAAACAAUUCUUCAUCUUGGGGCCAGAUUUGUAGCCUUCUAAUUUUUUUUUUUUUUUUUUUUUUUUUUUUGAAAGAUGCACUAAUUAAAAGUUGUAUUUGGCAAGUGUUACAUAAUGCUUCUCUCUCUUGUGGUGUAUAUAGUCUGAGCACAUGGGCCCAUAUGUUGUUUCAUUCACAGAAGCAACUGUCAUUAAAUGUGCACAUUUAUAAUUCAGCCUGUCUCUGUGAUUCACUGAAGGGUUGUAGACA